UAACCGGAAAAUUGUCUACUGUUUUUCACUCAGUCUCAGCUGGGGUUUACACCUGCCAAAGCUUGAGUUGUGCAUGUCAUCCAGACGUUUGACUUCCAGUGAUCUCUUUGAAUAUUUACGAUGUCCAAGCCGUACCAAUUGAGCGCCGUUCUCUACGGGCAUUCCCUGGAUGUACGAUCAGUUGUUGCAACUCCUGACGAUUCCAUCGUCAGCGGUUCCAGGGAUAAAACCGCAAAAUAUUGGCGGCGGAAUGAAUUUAACACUGGUUAUGUUGAGUCAAUGACCUAUCGUGAUCAGAAAAACUUUGUGGCUGCUGUUUUAUACCUUGAACCAACACUGGAAUACCCAGAUGGGUUGAUUGUUACCGGCGGAAAUGAUAAUAAGAUAUUGAUUUACAAACUGAAUGAACCUAUGGCUACUUUUACUAUCACUGAUCACACAGAUGUUGUUUGCUGUUUGUCUAAAGCAAUAGACAAAACACAAUUCCUAAGUGGUUCAUGGGAUAAAACCGCAAAACUAUGGGAUUUCUCCGCGUGUUUAUCAUCUCCAGUCACUACCUUCACCGGUCACAUUGCCGCCCUUUGGUCGGUUAUACAAAUCUCCAACGGUAACAUAGUAACAGCUUGUGCUGAUAAAACAAUAGGGCUGUGGACGCCCGAUGGUACACAAAUCGGGUCGUUAAAAGGUCACACCGACUGCGUGCGUGCUGUUUGUGACUUUCCAGAAAUGGAACGUUUUGUUUCAGUCGCUAAUGAUGCUCUAGUCAAAGUAUGGGACUAUGCAGGCGAAAAUGUAGAAACACUACAUGGUCACAAUAAUUAUAUCUAUUGCAUUAGUGCGAAUCGUGCAUUGGGGAUGAAUAGUUUUGUCACCGGCGAUGAGAGUUACUCGAUUAAAUGCUGGAAAGAUGGGAUUAAUACAGAUACGAUUCGUUUACCCGCACAGAGUGUGUGGACUGUGACUUGUUUAUCAAACGGAGACAUUGUAAGUGGAUCGAGUGACGGUAUGAUUCGGAUUUUCACACAGGAUGAGGGAAGAGUCGCUGGUGCAGAAGCUUUGAAGCAAUUCGAAGAGGAAGUGAACGCCAUUUUGAAACAAUCCACACAGGAAAUUGGUGGAUAUAAAGUGUCUGAUUUACCCGGACGUGAAGCUCUGUAUGAUCCAGGCAAAGAACCUGGCCAAAUCAAAAUGGUGCGAGAAAAUGGCGGCGUGAUGGCUUACUCCUGGGUGGAUGAUGGAGAUAAAAGUCAUUGGGAGAAAGUGGGCGAAGUUAUGGGCGCUAAUGAAAAGGCAAAAGAAGGAAAAACACUGCAUGAAGGUGUUUACUACGAUUUUGUCUUUUCUGUGGACGUUGAGGAUGGUAAACCGCCACUAAAACUGCCUUAUAAUAACGGCGAGGAUGUCUACGAUGCUGCUAACAAGUUCAUCACUAAGAACUUUCUACCCGCGGUGUAUUUAGAUCAAGUUGUCGAGUUUAUCCGGACGAACAGUCAAGCUGAUCCUAUGCCUAACAAUGAUUACGUUGAUCCUUUCACUGGCGGAUCUCGUUACCAACCAGCAUCAACUAGUUCAAAUACAGGCGCUGCAGUUGGCAUGAAUUACGAUCCAUUCACUGGUGGUAGCAGUUAUACAACUAGUGGUGGUUCUACUCCUGCUCGUAACCCAACUAGUACUUCUACAGUGUCAUCUGGUGGUUAUUUUCCACAUCAUAAGUAUUUGAAGUUUGAGUCUGGUGAUGCGAAGGUAAUUUUGGGUAAAUUAAUGGAGUUUAAUGAAAAAAUUGGUGAUGGUAGUCACAAAGUAGAAGAAGCACGUUUGAAUAGUUUGAUUCAGUUGUGUAACGAACCCUGUGACUUACCAGACGUCGAAGGAUUGUUUAGAUUACUUGAAUGGCCACAAGAAAUAUUGUUUCCUGUUAUUGACGUGUUACGACUCGCUGUGCGUCAUGAAAACAAUUGUAAUGCAAUUGUUCUGCACGACGGUAAGAAGCUGAUCGAUUUGUUUAAAACGUGCCUCAGCCAAACCACCGUCCCGAACAAUACAUUGCUUGCAUUCAGAACGUUAUGCAACUUGUUCAGCCACUCAUUCGGAAGUGAGUUGAUAUUUGCCAAUCAGAUCGAUUUGCUGGAAAAUGUCUCGUCACUUUCCGCCACGAACAAAAAUAUCGAAAUCAGUAUGAUGACGUUCCUAUUGAAUCUUUCCAUUUUGUGUCUCAAAAAGAAUGAUGAAAUGGGUAUUAUUUUAUUGGGUACCAUUCUUCCAGACGCCCUGAGUAACUGCAAAGACCCCGAGGCGCAUUUCCGCGGCCUAGUCGCACUUGGUAACCUUCUAACCUCAAACAACGCGGCGUUUGUCAAUGAAGUCAAAGCAAAACUCGUGCUUAAUUCAACAUUUCGCGCAAGAGUCGACGCGUUUACUCGCGAGAGCAACAAUGAUCUGGAAAAGAAACGAAUGGCGUGUGCUCAACAACUUCAACAAUUAAUAUCUGGGUAAUUUUUUUACAAUCUGCGCUUUUUAUAUAACAUCCUGUGGUUGUCAAUGUUUGGUACUGAUCUUGUACACAUUUUGUUGAUUAUUGUAUAUUUACAUAAUAAGAUUUGCUACAUUGUAA